UUACAUAUUUUGUUAGAGCAAAUGAAGAAAUUCCAUCCAAUUUAAAGAUUAUUAUUAUUACUUAUUUUUUUUACUACCAACAACAAAAUUUACUCCUACCUAAACAAAACCAAGCAGUUAUCUUCUCAACAAAAACCUAAAUACUCUGCUUUUCAGCCAUUUUUUUCCAAAUCAAGCUCAACGACGGCACACUCCAAAACCCUAAUUCACCUCUUCAAUCAAUCAGAUUGCACAAAAUCUAAUUUCAUUCAACUAUCUACAAUCAAAUCAGUGUUGUUCACCUAUAUCUUUAACCAUUGAUCGUUUCUGUUGCUGAAUCGGUUGCAUAAAGCUUCCAGAACGACCGAUUCGAGUAGCGAUUUUGCUGAUAUUUGUAUAAUGGAUGAAUCGCCGUGAAAAUUGUUCGAUCGGAGUGUGAAAAUGAGCUCCGGCAGGCAACAGGUGACGGUUCGGGACCUCGUCGAUGAGGCGAAGAAGCGGAUUGUUUUCCUGUUCAUGUGCGGAGUUGGACUGUCGUAUCUAAUGUCUUUGACAAGCACCUCGGUGCUGAUAAACUUGCCUGCUGCCCUCAUCUUAAUCAUUGCUUUUCGUUAUUUUACGUUGGAUUAUGAAAACCGGAGGAAAGCUGCAUCAUAUAGCAAAAACCAAUCCGCAGACAACGUUUUAUCUCAAAAGAAACCGUUUUCAGAGCCAAAGCCUCUCUCAGGAAAGUCUGAAUGGAGAAGAAAAGUCAACUCCCCUGUUGUUGAGGAUGCAAUAGAUCAGUUUACCAAACAUAUCGUCUCCGAAUGGGUCACGGAUCUUUGGUAUUCCAAAAUUACCCCUGACAAACAAGGCCCAGAUGAGCUGGUGCUGAUAAUUAACGGUGUGCUGGGAGAGUUCUCUAGCCGCAUGAGAAAUAUCAACCUUAUUGACCUUCUGACAAGGGACAUUCUUAAACUUUUUUGCACCCAUUUGGAACUUUUUCGUGCAUGUCAGAUGAAGAUUAUGAAGCAAGAAUCUCUCACAAUUGCACAACGAGACAUAGAACUAAAAGCUGUGCUUUAUGCUGAAAAUAAGCUGCACCCUGCUUUAUUUUCUGCCGGAGCUGAGUACAAGGUUCUACAACAUCUUAUGGAUGGUUUCAUCUCUUUCACGUUCCGGCCUGCGGAUCUGCAGUGCUCUUUAUUUCGCUAUAUUGUUCGGGAAAUCCUCGCGUGUACAGUAAUACGACCGGUUGUGAAUUUAGCUAACCCAAGGUUUAUUAAUGAGAGAAUUGAAAAUGUGGUCAUUUCAGCAAGCAAGAAUAACAAAGGAGCUAACACUGAACAAGUGAACUCACAGUCGAAAUCAAACGGAUCUCCGAAAAUGUCUACUCAACUAUCUAUGUCAGUAGAUCCAUCUGUCAAGGGUCUUGAGCUCGCACCGUUAAAAAAAGAAAAUUCUGAUUCUGCCCUUGACAAUGUCUCCACUGCCACUCAUCAUUCGAAAGACCCGUUGCUUUCAAUGGAUACCCGAAAACACCUAUCGGGCGGUGAAUGGGGUGACAAGUACAUCAUUUCUCGUAGAAAAACCGAAGCGUUAGCUCCCGAGAAUAUGGAAAACAUGUGGGCUAAAGGGAGAAACUACAAAACGAAAGAAAACAUGAACCCUUUUACCGAGCCGCCACAGGUCAAGAAAAAUCUGGUCCACCACUCAAAACCAUUGACUUUACAAAAACAGACAUACGGACCCACAAAAGUCGAUCACAUUAAAUCACAGCCUACUUUAACCACUUCUGAUGAGGAAGAUGACGACGAAGAUGUGGAAGAAUCUAGAAACAACGAUGUUUCUUCUAGUGAAGAUGAAGACAAUAAUGACAUCAUGGGUUUGAAUUCUCCAGGAACUAAAGUAUGGGACGGAAAAAGUAACAGAAAUCAAUCCGUUACUCACAUUCAUCAUCCACUUGAAAGUUUUGAAGGUCAGAAAAUGAAAAAAAGAGGAAAACAUGUUUCCACUGGGAGAAAAAGGUCAAGGGUUAGCAGUCAAAAGGAUGUAUGGGAGGAGAUUGAAAGAAAAACUUUCGUGCUGGAAGACGGGCAUGAUGUUUUGGGUUUGAUCAAAGGGAAUUCAAAAUCUGGAGAUUCUAGUGGUGACUCUGAGGAUGGUGAGUCGUUGGGAAGAACCAAUAGUGGAAUGAGUACUUCAUCUAUUUUUCCUUUGAAUUCAUCUGUAAAUGCCCAAAAAGGUUCACCGCUAGAUGGCUCGUUUUUUAGACUAAGAUGUGAGGUGUUGGGUGCCAACAUUGUGAAAAGUGGCUCUAAGACAUUUGCUGUUUAUCCGAUAUCUGUUACAGAUGUCAACAAUGUUAACUGGUCUAUUAAAAGAAGGUUUCGACAUUUUGAGGAGUUACACCGGCGUCUUAAGGAAUAUCCAGAGUAUAAUCUUCAUCUCCCACCAAAACACUUUCUGUCAACGGGACUUGAUGUGGAUGUUAUUCAAGAACGUUGCAAACUUCUUGAUAUAUAUUUGAAGAGACUUAUGCAGUUUCCAACUAUAUCGGGAUGUAUUGAAGUUUGGGACUUUCUUAGUGUUGACUCUCAGACAUAUAGUUUCUCAAACUCUAUAUCCAUCAUUGAAACACUACCAGUUAGUUCAGCCACGAGCGUUCAUGAAAAGACUACUGAUGUUAGAAUUGUAGGGGAUCCCUUAAGUUCUAAAAGAGAACUUUCGGAUGCUGCGAUAAAGAAUUCUUUAUCCGAAACUAAACAUAAUUAUCUGAAUGAUGGAUCAAAAGUAUCUGCAAAGAACGUAAACUUUUCUCUUGGAAAGCCCGUAAAGCCAUCUGAAGAUUCUGAUAGCGACCCUGAUAUUGUUGCUCCAAAUAAUAUAUCUUCGAGGAAAUUGGAAGAUGAUAAAUUACACGUACCAUCUGAGAUGCUUACAGAUGAUGGUGACUCCGUUUUCCCUAGUGAGUGGGUGCCUCCAAAUUUGAGUAUACCAAUACUGGAUCUUGUUGAUGUUGUUUUCCAGCUUCAGGAUGGUGGUUGGGUUAGGAGGAAGGCCUUCUGGGUCGCCAAACAGGUUCUACAGCUCGGCAUGUCAGAUGCAUUUGACGAUUGGCUAAUUGCUAAAAUCCAACUCCUACGUAGGGGCUCUAUUGUUGCUUCAGGAAUCAAGCGGCUUGAGCAGAUACUUUGGCCCGAUGGGAUAUUCAUAACAAAGCACCCAAAGAGACAACAACCCACCCCAUCACCAAAAGUGACCCAUGAUUCACGUAAUGUUCAACCUUCAUAUUCACCGAGUGGUGAGGAAACGUUGACCCGAGAAGAGCUUCAAGAACAGGAAGCUCAGAGACGUUCUAAGCUAGUUUAUGAACUAAUGAUUGAUAAAGCACCGGCAGCUGUUGUAAGUCUUUUUGGUCGAAAGCAGUAUGAUCAGUGUGCAAAAGAUGUCUAUUACUUUAUACAGUCGUCCGUUUGCCUAAAGCAAUUCUCUCUUGACCUUCUUGAGCUGCUGCUGAUGUCAGCGUUUCCCGAAAUGGAUUUUGUGUUCCAACAGUUACAUGAUGAGAAGCAAAAGUUUGGAGUUCUUGAACAGUAGCAUCAUCAUCAUCAUCUUCCCGCUUUCAUCGUUAUAAAAUCUAGUACAUGGUUCUCCGGGCGCUGCAUCUUGUUCCGCCCAUACGAGUUAAAUCUCUUUUUAUAAGUACAAUUUGAUUGAAAGGUAAUUAGUGUUUACAUGUGCAUCAGAAGUGUAAAUAUUUUGUGUUGGGAUUCUUAUGAAGGUUUAAAGAGUUUGUGUUACAUUUACAGAUAUGCUGGAAUACAUAUUAGACACUGUUUUGGUAAUUUUUUAAAUUACCAUUUUAUUACCUAAAAAAAUAUUUUGCAGCGAAA